AGGACAAGCUUCCAUGUACAACACUUCCUGGUGUCAUGGCGCAGAGCGACCACUGGAUGGACCCCAACACAAAGGAACCACAAGCAUUGAGUCACUGCACUGACACAGUUUGUGACACAGGUUCAGGAUCACUUCUCAUGUUGACAAAGGACAACUGUGUUUGUAAAUGCUGGAUAAAUAUGUUGAAUGUUACAGGUAAAAACUGAGCUGAUCUUUUGGCUGAUAUAACAAGUUUAUAUUUUGUAAUAUAAAUUUUAAAAAUGCAAUUUUUGGAUCGUCUUCUCUGUAGGGAUGUCACAAUACCAGACAUUUGGAGUCGAAACCAAUACGAGUGAAUUUCCAUGAUUGUCGAUACAACGGGAAAAACUAAACAAAACAAUCAAAUAAACACUUGUUUGUAUUAGAAAGUUAUUAAACACGUUAAAAUUCCUUCUCUUAUAUCUAUUUUAUAUUGCUAUGAAAACCUCUGUCUAUUUAAGUUUCUCGCAAAAACUUUAUUUUACAAGAUUUGAACACGUCAUAAUAGAUUUUAGCUUCGGCCAUUACUAAUUCUUAAUGAAUAGAACUUAAACGUAUCAUAAUGUAACUCAAUGCAUUCUCCGUUAGCUCCGUAUUUUUAGCCAAGCAGGACUGUGCUGCCCACUAUCCUUCUUCCAGACGAUUUCUAUCGUAGAUUUCAACACAGAUUUGUUUACAUUGAAACAUUAUCAGGGAAACAGGGUGAUAGUGAGUUACUGCGUUUCACUACUUCCGGAUUUUAACGCGUCAUUGCUCUGUUCAGUUUCAGUACAGAUCUCAUGUUCGACCCCAGCACAUUUUCUAUCAACCUCGGGAUGGCGUUAACCUCGAGUCCUGCCCCGGUACUUGUAGUCGUUUAGAAAAACUAGUACCGACACGUUUUCUGAAAUAUCUGUUCUCAUGACAUCCCUGAUUCCAUUUUUAGGAGCCGAUUAGCGUUUCUGAUAUGAAUAGAAACCAAUGUUUGUUGACGGUUCCGCCUGCAGGUAAACGGGUAACCUUUGCUCCAAAGGCUAAGUUAUUGUGUGUCUGAAUGUCAUGUUUGUUUGCUUAUUGGAAAGCUGAUUCAACAAGGAAUAAACAAAAUUAAUGUUCCAAUGGAAACGUUUUGUAUCGGAAUCGCUAUUCAGCAGACACGACAACAAGUGCGUCAAUUAAGUAAAACAAAGCGCCACCUCAGUGGCUUAAAGCGUUGGCUCAGCCUUUACAUCAGCGGUGUCCAAAAGGUCGAUCGCGAUCGACCUGUAGUGCGGGUAGAUCGCGCACAGUUAAAAAACAUUAUACAUAUAUAUUCCCCCAACGGAACCACCGCGCCACCAGAAAUUCAAGUUGUUGUUUUUUCUUUCUUGCCUUGCGCAUUCACCUCCUGCGCUGUCGUUUUGCUCCCGCACACACACACCUACAGUCAGAGACAGAGCGGAGGAAAGGAGAGGAGUGCAACCUCCGACAGCACCCCCCCUCCGCAGCAUUUUUUUUAUACAGGUAGAUCACUUGGACCUGGUCAUUUAAAAAGUAGCUCACAAGCCCAAAAAGUGUGGGCACCCCUGCUCUAAACCAUCUAUGUGCCUUUUUACAAUAAUCCAGUACAUUGUUAGGGCUGCUAAUAUUACAGAGUAUUCUUACUCUUCCACUUCUCACAGAGUUCCCACACAGCUCAGUUCUACCCCUCAACAAUUUACUCAACAAUAAGUUUGGGAAAGAUGCUGCUGAGGAAGUUUUAGCCGCCCAGGGCUGCACAGUUCAAGUAUCUGACUUGUACGUCAUGAAGUUUAAAGUUUACUUUUAUCUCACGUUCAACCAGACACAUAUUUGUAACGUCACUAAAGUCAUGUCUAAACAUGAGGAAACAACACCUGACAAACAGCUGCAGGAGGAGGAGCAACACAGGAGGAAGGAGAGCUUCACCUCACACUGCAGAAGUGAAAGUAAAGUUUGUCAGAGUGGAGCCACGCUGCAGUCGAGACAAGUCUCAGUUUCUCUCUAAAACAAACUGAAGUCAUCAGAUCUUUGUCAACAACACAGCAGAGUCUCUGCCAAACACUGAUAUGGCUGCUGCAAACUAUCUGCAAUCUGAAGACCAGUUCCUGUGCUCCAUCUGUCUGGAUGUGUUCACUGAUCCAGUCAGCACACCAUGUGGACACAACUUCUGCAAAAACUGCAUCAAUGCACACUGGAAUACUAAUGACCAGUACCUGUGUCCGAUGUGUAAAAAGGUUUUCAACACAAGACCUGAGCUCCAUGUCAACACUUUCAUCUCUGAGAUGGUUGUUCAGUUCAGAGAGUCAGAGCAACAGAAAACCAGCAGCAGCAGGUCAGAGAAACAAGUUGAUAAACCAGGAGAAGUUCCCUGUGAUGUCUGCACUGGAACCAAACUGAAGGCUCUGAAGUCCUGUCUGGUGUGUCUGACCUCCUACUGCGAGACUCACCUGGAGCCUCAUCUCACAGCGUCAAGGCUGAAAAGACAUCAGCUGAUCGACCCUGUGGAGAAUCUGGAAGACAGGAUGUGUACGAAGCACGAUAAACCUCUGGAGCUGUUCUGUAAGACCGACCAGACAUGUGUCUGCAUGCUCUGCUCUGCUUUAGACCACAAGAUGCAUGAUGUUGUUCCUCUGAAAGAAGAAUAUGAAGGAAAGAAGGCCGAGCUGGGGAAGACAGAGGUUAAAGUUCAGCAGAUGAUCCAGAAGAGACGACUGAAGAUCCAGGAGAUCAAACAGUCUGUCGAUCUCAGUAACAAAGAUGCAGACAGAGAGGUGGCAGAAGGUGUUCAGGUCUUCACUUCUCUUAUGGAGUCUGUUGAGAGAGGACUGGACGAGCUCAUCGGCACGAUCAAGGAGAAGCAGAAAACUACAGAAAAACAGGCCGAAGCUUUCAUCAAAGAGCUGGAACAGGAAAUCUAUGAGCUGAUGAAGAGAAGGACUGAGGUGGAGCACCUCUCACAGUCUGAAGACCAACUCCAUCUUCUCCAGAGUUUCCAGUCCCUAAACAUCCAUCACCAACCACCCACCAAAGACUGGACAAUGGUCAGGGUCCCUCCACCAUCAUAUGAGGGGACUGUGGUGAGAGCUGUGGCUCAGCUGGAGGAGACACUCAGUCAAGAGAUGAAGAAGCUGCUUGAAGCUGAGCUGAAGAGGGUCCAGAAGUAUGCAGUGGAUGUGACUCUUGAUGCUGAUACAGCACAUCCUUAUUUAAUUCUGUCUGAUGAUGAGAAACAAGUGAGUCGUGGUGAUGUGAAGAAGAAUCUCCCCAACUACCCAAAGAGAUUUUCUAAAUGUCCUUGUGUUUUAGGAAAGCAGAGUUUCUCUUCUGGUAGAUUUUACUUUGAGGUUCAAGUUAAAGGAAAGACUGAAUGGGAUUUAGGAGUGACCAGAGAGUCGAUCAACAGGAAGGGACCUGUCCCACUGGGCUCUCAGUUUGGUAACUGGACUAUACGGUUGAGAGAUAUAAAUGUGUACAAAGCUCUUGAUGACCCUCGAGUCUUUCUCUCUCUGAAGUCUCAGCCUCAGAAGGUGGGGGUGUUUGUGGAUUAUCAGGAGGGUCUGGUCUGCUUUUAUGACGUAGAUACUGCAGCUCUCAUCUACUCCUUUACUGGCUGCUCCUUCAAUGAGAAACUCUUCCCAUUCUUCUACCCGGGUCAGAAUUAUGAUGGUACAAACUCUGCACCUUUAAUCAUCUCUUCUGUCAGAGUCGACUAAUCACUUACGUUAUUUCAUGUAUUGAUUUAAUUCUAUUCAAGGGAAUAAACAUAGAUAUUUAGAGGUAACACUGUAGUUUACAUCUUAUGUUCUACAGAAUCCGUUUACUGUGUUGAUUAAGUUACAUUUCAUUGUUAAGAUUUAUUUUAUUAUGUGCAUCCUUUACAUUGUCGACACUAUAAAUUGAUGCAUUGAUCUUUUCAACCCUGCAUCAUGACACACGUUACGUGCAGAAUAUCAAUGUAAACCUCUGAUAAAGAUUAUUUUCACUUCCAUAAGGAAUCACUGUUUAUAAUAACCACAAAUAUGUCAAGUUGCAGUUUGCAGCAUUUUAGCAAAAUUACUCAAAAUCAAAGUUUAUCGUUUAAUUCUUCUUUUUGAUGUGCAUCCACAGAAACAUAUUGCUGAAUAUUUCAAUGUCAUAAGGCUUCUAUUAAGAGUAAGGCAUAAAACAUGCCUUUAGUAUGUUCAGAAUACAGUAUUUGUUGUUGUUAUACCGACAUAAAAAGUUAACUGACAAAGUAAAUUAAUAGAAUAGAUGCCGACGGCGAUUCCUAUUUUGUGUGAAGGGUGGUUUACUUAAUUACUGGUAACUUGAGUCUAAGAAAUGUGUAAACAUGUGAUUGUGAAAUAAACUAGUUGUUGAACACAA